AUCCAGCCAGCUACCAAGCCCCCUCACCUCCCCCUCCUUCCCACUCACCCCCGUUAAGGCUUCAGCACAGGGGAGUGCAAGGACCCGCGCAGGUCGCCCCACCCAGUCUGACCUCCUCGCCCCACGUCUUCCUAGCUUCCGUAAGGAUACAGGCACAUGCUGAGACGCCCCUAAAGGUACCUACACACAGCUUGUCAACCGUCACACAUGCUUGCUGUGACAUUGCCCGUCCCAUACCUAUGUCCUUUCUCAACCCAAAAGGGUGAUCCCAAGCAUAUUGAUUCUCGCUUCACCACCGAGGGCAGGGAUGUCGCAGUUCUCUACCAUGACGACCAACGAGAGGAAGAUGCAAGCUGCAGCCAUCUGUAGGGAGGUACAGGGUCCUGAAGAUGCAGAGAUGGACCUGGGGAAGAAGAUGAGUGUCCCUAAGGAUGUGAUGCUGGAGGAGCUGUCUCUGGCCUCCAACAGGGGCUCCCUCCUCUUUGAAAAGCGCAAGAGGCGCUCUGAAAAAUACACCUUCGAGAGCAUCCAGAAUGUAACCAACACACAGAUCAAUAGUCAAGAAACCACAGAAAGCAACAGCUUGGGAGUGGAACAGUCUAAAACAACCACGAACACGCCUGAUCCGAGCAACACCCCCAACCCAGACAACAUUGCACCAGGUUAUGGUGGACCUCUAAAACAAAUGGAACCAGAGAAGUUCAACAGCACAUGCCUCCCCAAGUCCUACCACUCCCCCUGGGACCAGGCCAUCUACCACAGCGACCCCUCCCUGGCCGAUAGCCUUGUCAACCACCUGGCAGAGCUAGAGGCCAAGCCUGAAGGACCAGGGUACAAGAGCUUCAACAGAGUGGCUACCCCGUUUGGCGGCUUCGGCGGCAAGUCCACCAUACCGGCCCCGUUGUUCAAGGCCCCCGACGUGGAACACAACACCAUGCCGGAGCUGUACCCAGAGCUCCAGGGGGAGCCUGUGGUGCAGAGGCCCACAUUCAAUAGGGUGGCCUGCGGCUGGGUGGGGGCCAGCACCCCCGUCAUCCUCCCCAAAAUGCACCUGGAUCCCAUGUUUAUCCCAGAGUCCGAUGACCUUUGAACUUCUGGCAGUUGCUCAAUCUUCUGAGAUGCUGCUUGGUUUGCUACCCAAAAGUCCUUCCGCUGGGUUAGGGUCAGAAUAGGGUCAGAGUGAGGGAAGGAGGCAUUUUUGAUUGCCUGAUUAGGGUAAGUUAGCUACUUUUUUUGUGGCGAAAAAUGCAAGUUUCUCUGCUUAACUGAUCUGCCCAUGCCCAAGGUGUUCUGCCCAUCUCCAAACUGCACUUGAAGUAAGUAAACCAGCUAGUUUACACUAGCUAGAGUUACUAAAUACAGUAUAGGAUAUUUACAUACUGCACAUUGAUGUGUAUAAGAUAUAAUGAAUCUGCCUGAUGACAUUUGAUUACUGUAUUAGUUGUUUUUGAGCUAAAUAAAAUGAAAAGCACAAUGUUAUAAUUUCA